AUGCCCGUCAGCCGCGUCACCAGGUACCUCAAGGUUGGCAAGUACGCACAACGCGUCGGCGCCGACGCCCCCAUCUACCCGCCGUCGUCCUCGAAUGCCAUUGCCGGUAGCGGGAGGGGCAAGUCGAAGCCCGCCGCCAGCAGAAAGUCCAUGUCUCGGUCGUCCACCGGUCUCCAGUUCCCCGUCGGCCGCGUAACCAGGUAUCUCAAGGUCGGCAAUUACGCACAUCACGUCAGCACCGGCGCCCCCGUCCACCUCGUCAUUGAGGUACACAUUCCCCCUGCUCCUCCUCUCCUCCUUGCCAGCAACGCGGCGCAUGACAACAAGAAGAACCAGAUCAUGCCACGCCACAUCCAGCCAACAGUGUGCAACGACGAGGAGUUGAGUCGAUUGUUGUGCGCGUUCACCAUCGUCGACAACGGGCUGAUGCCCGGAAUCCACACCGUGCUCCUCCCCAAGAAGGCCGGCAAGGCCAAGGAUGACAUCCACCGGCAAGCAUCCUAG